CGCCUGUCCUUUCGUCCCUGUCCAGUCUGAGGACCGGCCGGAGUGUGGGCUGCUGGGGAACCACGUCAGUCCUGGGCCCCCGAGAGAGGUCCCCGCCUCAGCCAUCGCGUCACCAUGGAUCCCUCCCCGUUCAGCGGCGCGCCCCGCUUCCUGACCCGGCCCAAGGCCUUCGUGGUGUCGGUGGGCAAGGACGCCACUCUGAGCUGCCAGAUCGUGGGCAACCCCACGCCGCAAGUGAACUGGGAGAAGGACCAGCAGCCGGUGCAGGGGGGCGCCCGCUUCCGCCUGAGCCAGGACGGCGACCUGUACCGCCUCACCAUCUUGGACCUGGCACUGGGCGACAGCGGGCAGUACGUGUGCCGCGCGCGCAACGCCAUCGGGGAGGCCUUCGCGGCCGUCGGCCUGCAGGUGGACGCCGAGGCCGCGUGUGCCGAGCAGACGCCCCACUUCUUGCUGCGGCCCACGUCCAUCCGCGUGCGCGAGGGCGCCGAGGCCACCUUCCGCUGCCGCGUGCGCGGCUCGCCGCCACCGGCCGUGACCUGGUCCAAGGACGGGCGGCGCCUGGGCGCGUCCGACUUUCCCCGCGUGCGCGUGGAGGAGCGCGGCGAGGCGAGUGCGCUGCGCAUCCAGGCGGCGCGGCCGCGCGACGGCGGCACCUACGAGGUGUGCGCCGAGAACCCGCUGGGCUCCGCUAGCGCCGCCGCGGCGCUCGUGGUGGACGCGGCCGCCGACGCCGCUGGCCCGCCCGGGACCUCCACGGCAGCGCUCCUGGCGCACCUGCAGCGGCGGCGCGAGGCCAUGCGCGCCGAGGGGGCCCCGGCUUCGCCACCCACCACCGGGACGCGCACCUGCACGGUGACCGAGGGCAAGCACGCGCGCCUCAGCUGCUACGUGACGGGUGAGCCCAAGCCAGAUACCGUGUGGAAGAAGGACGGGCAGCUGGUGUUGGAGGGCCGGCGCCACGUGGUGUACGAGGACGCGCAGGAGAACUUCGUGCUGAAGAUCCUCUUCUGCAAGCAGUCGGACCGCGGCCUCUACACCUGCACGGCGUCCAACCUCGUGGGCCAGACCUACAGCUCCGUGCUGGUCGUCGUGCGAGAGCCCUCAGUGCUCUUCAAGAAGCGGCUGCAGGACCUGGCGGUGCGGGAGAAGGAGUCGGCAACGUUCCGGUGCGAGGUGCCGCAGCCCACGACGGAGGCCGCGUGGUACAAGGAGGAGACGCGGCUGUGGGCGAGCGCCAAGUACAGCAUCGAGGAGGACGGCACCGAGCGCCGGCUGACCGUGCGCAACGUCUCGGCCGACGACGACGCCGUGUACAUCUGCGAGACCGCGGAGGGCAGCCGCACCGUGGCCGAGCUCGCCGUCCAAGGCAACCUCCUCCGAAAGCUCCCUCGGAAGACGGCGGUGCGCGUGGGAGACGCGGCCAUCUUUUGCGUGGAACUGGCCGUCCCGGAGGGCCCGGUCCGCUGGCUGCGGAACCAGGAGGAGGUGGUGGCCGGGGGCCGCGUGGCCAUCACCAAUGAAGGCACAUGCCACACGCUGACGAUCUCGCAGUGCAGCAUGGAGGACGUGGGCGAGGUGGCCUUUGUGGCUGGUGACUCGCGGACGUCCACCCAGUUCUGCGUGUCUGCCCCCAGGAGGCCACCCCUGCAACCCCCUGUGGACCCCGUGGUGAAGGCCAAAACAAAGAGCUCUGUGACCCUUGGCUGGUUCCCGCCACCCCACGGGGACCGCCCUGUCACCAUUGACGGCUACCUGGUGGAGAAGAAGCGGCUGGGCACCUAUACCUGGAGCCGAUGCCACGAGGCCCAGUGGGUGGCCAAGCCCGAGCUGACCGUGGCUGGUGGGGCCGAGGAAGGGGACUUUCAGUUUCGGGUGUCAGCUAUCAACAGCUUUGGCCAGAGUCCCUACCUGGAGUUCCCAGGGACAGUUCAUUUGGCCCCUCAGCUGGCCGUGAGGACGCCCCUGAAGGCGGUGGAGGCGGUGGAGGGUGGUGAGGUCACCUUCUCUGUGGACCUCACGGUGGCCUCAGCGGGCAAGUGGUUCCUGAAUGGGCAGGCCCUGAAGGCCAGCAGCGUGUACCUGAUCCGCUGUGACUGCACCCGACACAUGCUCACCAUCCGUGAGGUGACCGCCAGCCUGCACGGGGCACAGCUGAAGUUCGUGGCUGAUGGCAUUGAGAGCAGCAUCCGCAUAGAGGUCCGAGCAGCCCCGGGGCUGACCACCCACAAGCCACCAGCUGCAGCCGCCCAGGAGGUGCUGGCCCGGCUGCAUGAGGAGGCGCAGCUGCUGGCUGAGCUGUCGGACCAGGCUGCGGCUGUCACAUGGCUGAAGGACGGCCACGCACUGUCCCCAGGCCCCAAGUACGAGGUGCAGGCGUUGGCCGGGAAGCAGGCACUGCUUGUGCACGACGUGGUGCGGUCUGAUGCCGGCCUGUAUGAGUGUGUCAGCCCUGGGGGCUGUGUCGCCUACCAGCUAUCUGUGCAAGGCCUCACGCCCUUUCUGCACAAGGACACGACGGGCGGCUGUGUGGAUGCUGUGGCUGGGGGCCCAGCCCAGUUUGAGUGUGAGACCUCGGAGGCCCAUGUCAGCGUGCGCUGGUACAAGGAUGGCACCGAGCUGGGUUGCUCCAGCCCGCACUUCUUGCAGGAGGACAUGGGGACACGGCAUCGGCUGGUGGCCUCCUCGGUCACCAGGCAGGAUGAGGGCACCUACUCCUGCCGUGUGGGCGAGGACUCAGUGGACUUCCAGCUCCGGGUCUCCGAGCCUGCUGUGGUGUUCGCCAAGGAUCAGCCUGUGCGCAGUGAGGUGAAGGCCGGGGCAGGAGCCAGUGCCACGCUGAGCUGCGAGGUGGCCCAGACCCAGACAGAGGUGACUUGGUACAAGGAUGGAAAGAAGCUGAGCUCAAGCUCGAAGGUGCGCAUGGAGGCUGCAGGCUGCACACGGCAGCUGGUGGUGCAGAAGGCAGGGAAGGUGGAUGCUGGGGAAUACACCUGUGAGGCUGGAGGCCAGAGCGUCUCCUUCUGCCUGGAUGUCACAGAGCCCAAGGCAGUGUUCGCCAAGGAUCAGCCUGUGCGUAGUGAGGUGAAGGCUGAGGCGGGGGCUAAUGCCACACUGAGCUGCGAGGUGGCCCAGGCCCAGACGGAGGUGACGUGGUACAAGGACAGGAAAAAGCUGAUCUCAAGCUCGAAGGUGCACUUGGAGGCCACGGGCUGCACGCGGCGGCUGGUGGUACAGAAGGCAGAGAAGGUAGAUGCUGGGGAGUACAGCUGCGAGGCCGGGGGCCAGAGGGUCUCCUUCCACCUGGAUGUCACAGAGCCCAAGGCAGUGUUCGCCAAGGAUCAGCCUGUGCGCAGUGAGGUGAAGGCUGAGGCGGGGGCUAAUGCCACACUGAGCUGCGAGGUGGCCCAGGCCCAGACGGAGGUGACGUGGUACAAGGAUGGGAAAAAGCUGAUCUCAAGCUCAAGGGUGCGCAUGGAGGCCACGGGCUGCACACGGCGGCUGGUGGUGCAGCAGUUGGGGAAGGCGGAUGCUGGAGAGUACAGCUGUGAGGCCGGGGGCCAGAGGGUCUCCUUCCACCUGGAUGUCGCAGAGCCCAAGGUGGUGUUCACCAAGGAGCAGCCUGCACACAGCAAGGUGAAGGCUGAGGCAGGGGCCAGCACCGCACUGAGCUGCGAGGUGGCCCAGGCCCAGACAGAGGUGACAUGGUACAAGGAUGGGAAGAAGCUGAGCCCCAGCUCAGUGGUGCGAAUGGAGGCCACGGGUUGCACGCGGCGGCUGGUGGUGCAGCAGGUGGGGAAGGCAGAUGCUGGGGAGUACAGCUGCAAGGCUGGGGGCCAGAGUGUCUCCUUCCAUCUGGAUGUCACAGAACCCAAGGUCGUGUUCACCAAGGAUCAGCCAGCACACAGCGAGGUGAAGGCUGAGGCAGGGGCCAGUGCCACGCUGAGCUGCGAGGUCGCCCAGGCCCAGACGGAGGUGGCAUGGUACAAGGAUGGGAAGAAACUGAGCUCAAGCUCGAAGGUCCGCAUGGAGGCCACGGGCUGCACGCGGCGGCUGGUGGUGCAGCAGGCAGGGAAGGCGGACACUGGGGAGUACUGCUGCAAGGCCGGGGGCCAGAGGGUCUCCUUCUGCCUGGAUGUCACAGAGCCCAAAGCAGUGUUCUCCAAGGAUCAGCCAGCACACAGUGAAAUUAAGGCCGAGGCAGGGGCCAAUGCCACGCUGAGCUGUGAGGUGGCCCAGGCCCAGACGGAGGUGACAUGGUAUAAGGAUGGGAAGAAGCUGGGCUCAAGCUUGAAGAUGCACCUGGAGGCCACGGGCUGCACGCGGCGGCUGGUGUUACAGCAGGCGGGCAAGGUGGAUGCUGGGGAGUACAGCUGUGAGGCCAGGGGUCAGAGGGUCUCCUUCCGCCUGGAUGUCACAGAGCCCAAGGCAAUGUUUGCCAAGGAGCAGCCUGCAUGCAGUGAGGUGAAGGCAGAGGCAGGGGCCAGUGCCACGCUGAGGUGUGAGGUGGCCCAGGCCGAGACAGAGGUGACGUGGUACAAGGACGGGAAGAAGCUGAGCUCAAGCUCAAAGGUGUGCGUGGAGGCCACGGGCUGCACACGGCAGCUGGUGGUGCAGCAGGCAGGGAAGGCAGACUCCGGGGAGUACAGCUGCGAGGCCAGGGGUCAGAGGGUCUCCUUCCGCCUGGACAUCACAGAACCCAAGGCGGUGUUUGCCAAGGAGCAGCCGGCACACAGCGAGGUGAAGGUUGAAGCGGGGGCCAGUGCCACACUGAGCUGCGAGGUGGCCCAGGCCCAGACGGAGGUGACGUGGCACAAGGACGGGAAGAAGCUGAGCUCGAGCUCAAAGGUGCACGUGGAGGCCACGGGCUGCACGCGGCGGCUGGUGGUGCAGAAGGCGGGGAAGGCAGACGCCGGGGAGUACAGCUGCAAGGCCGGGGGCCAGAGGGUCUCCUUCCGCCUGGACGUCACAGAGCCCAAGGUGGUAUUCGCCAAGGAGCAGCCUGCGUGCAGUGAGGUGAAGGCUGAGGUGGGAGCCAGUGCCACGCUGAGCUGCAAGGUGGCCCAGGCCCAGACUGAGGUGAUGUGGUUCAAGGAUGGGAAGAAGCUGAGCUCAAGCUCGAAGGUGCGCAUGGAGGCCGCAGGCUGCACACGGCGGCUGGUGGUACAGCAGGCGGGGAAGGCGGACGCUGGGGAGUACAGCUGCGAGGCCGGGGGCCAGAGGGUCUCCUUCCACCUGGAUGUCACAGAGCCCAAGGCAGUGUUCGCCAAGGAUCAGCUGGCACACAGCGAGGUGAAGGCUGAGGUGGGGGCCAGCGCUAUGUUGAGCUGCGAGGUGGCCCAGGCCCAGACGGAGGUGACAUGGUACAAGGAUGGGAAGAAGCUGAGCUCGAGCUCAAAGUUGCGCAUGGAGGCCACGGGCUGCACACGGCGGCUGGUGGUGCAGAAGGUGGGGAAGGCGGAUGCCGGGGCAUACAGCUGCGAGGCCGGGGGCCAGAGGGUCUCCUUCCGCCUGGACGUCACAGAGCACAAGGCAGUGUUCUCCAAAGAUCAGCCUGUGUGCAGCGAAGUGACGGCUGAAGCGGGGGCCAGUGCCACGCUGAGCUGCGAGGUGUCCCAGGCCCAGACGGAGGUGACGUGGUACAAGGACAGGAAGAAGCUGAGCUCGAGCUCGAAGGUGCAUGUGGAGGCCACAGGCUGCACGCGGCGGCUGGUGGUGCAGGAGGCAGGAAGGGUGGAUGCUGGGGAGUACAGCUGCGAGGCUGGGGGCCAGAGGGUCUCCUUCCGCCUGGAUGUCACAGAGCCUGCUGUGGUGUUUGCCAAGGAGCAGCCUGCACACAGCGAGGUGAAGGCCGGAGUGGGGGCCAGUGCCUCGCUGAGCUGUGAGGUGGCCCAGGCCCAGACAGAGGUUAUGUGGUUCAAGGACGGGAAGAAGCUGAGCUCGAGCUCGAAGGUGCACAUGGAAGCCACAGGCUGCACGCGGCGGCUCGUGGUGCAGGAGGCAGGGAAGGCAGACGCCGGGGAGUACUGCUGCGAGGCCGGGGGCCAGAGGGUGUCCUUCCGCAUGAGCGUCACAGAACUGGAGCCCGAGCCCUCAGCCCCCGAGAGACCCUGCCGCAGGGAGCCUCUGGUGGUCAGGGAGCACGAGGACAUUGUCCUGACCGCCAAGCUGGCCACACCCUCUGUCGCCGCGGUGACUUGGCUCAAGGAUGGCGUGGAGAUUCGCCGCAGCAAGCGGCACGAGACGGCCAGCCUGGGGGACACCCACACCCUGACAGUGCGCGGCGCCCAGGUCCUGGACAGCGCGGUCUAUAGCUGUCGCGUGGGCGCCGAGGGGCAGGACUUCCCGGUGCAGGUAGAAGAGGUGAUGGCCAAGUUCUGCCGACCCCUGGAGCCCGUGAGCGGGGAGCUGGGCGGCACGGUGACGCUGACCUGCGAGCUGAGCCCAGCACAGGCGGAGGUGGUGUGGCGCUGCGGGAGCACGCAGCUGCGACCCGGCAAGCGCUUCCAGAUGGCCGCUGCGGGGACCCUGCGCUCGCUCACCGUGUCGGGCCUGCGCAUGGAGGACGCGGGAGAGUACGUGUGCGAGUGCCGCGACGACCGCACCAGCGCGCGGCUCACCGUGCACGUGCCCCGCGUGGUCAAGUUCACGUCUGGGCUGAGCGCCGUGGUCGCGGAGGAGGGUCGCGAGGCCACCUUCCAGUGCGUGGUGUCUCCCGGCGACGCGGCGGUCACGUGGUACCGGGAAGGCGCCCAGCUGCAGCCCAGCGAGAAGUUUGUCAUAUCGCAGAACGGCGCCAGCCACAGCCUGACUAUAUCGGGCCUGGAGCUGGAGGACGCGGGCCAGAUCACAGCGGAGGCCGAGGGCGCCUCGACCUCGGCGGCCCUCCGGGUCCGAAAGGCCCCAGUGCUGUUCAAAAGGAAGCUGGAACCGCAGACCGUGGAGGAGAGGAGCUCGGUGACGCUGGAGGUGGAGCUGACGCGCCCGUGGCCGGAGGUGAAGUGGACGCGGAACGCGGCGGCCCUGGCGCCGGGCGAGAACGUGGAGAUCCACGCCGAGGGAGCGUGUCACCGCCUGGUUCUGCUCAGCGUGGGUUUCGCUGACCGCGGGUUCUUCGGCUGCGAGACGCCCGAUGACAAGACGCAGGCCAAGCUCACCGUGGAGAUGCGCCAGGUCCGUCUGGUGCGGGGUCUGCAGUCGGUGGAGGCGCAAGAACAGGGCGCAGCCACCAUGGAGGUGGAGCUGUCGCAUGCGGACGUGGAGGGCAGCUGGACGCGAGAUGGCCUGCGGCUCCAGCCAGGGCCCACGUGCCACCUGGCGGUGCGUGGCCCCAUCCACACCCUCACGCUGUCGAAACUGCGGCUGCAGGACAGCGGCCUUGUCGCCUUCAAGGCUGAGGGUGUGAAUACAUCGGCGCAGCUCAUCGUCACUGAGCUGCCUGUGAGGUUUACCCGCCCGCUACAGGAUGUGGUGGCCACUGCAAAGGAGAAGGUGACCCUGGAGUGUGAACUGUCACGUCCCAACGUCGACGUGCGCUGGCUGAAGGAUGGCGUGGAGCUGCGGGUGGGCAAGACGGUGGGCAUAAAGGCCCAGGGCUCUUGCAGGAGUCUCAUCAUUCACCGGUGUGAGCUUGGAGAUCAGGGCGUCUAUGUGUGUGAUGCUGGUGAUGCUCAGAGCUCGGCUUCUGUGAAGGUGCAAGGCCGCAACAUCCAGAUCGUAAGGCCCCUGGAGGAUGUCGAGGUGAUGGAGAAGGAAGGAGCCACCUUCUCCUGUGAGAUCUCCCACGACGAGGUGCCUGCCCAGUGGUUCCGGGAGGGCAGUAAGCUGCAUCCCAGUGACAACGUACGCAUCCGCCAGGAAGGAAGGACAUAUAUUUUGAUCUACCGGAGGGUCCUGGUGGAAGAUGCUGGGGAGAUCAAAUUCGUAGCCGAAAAUGAAGAAUCACGAGCCCAGCUCCGAGUGAAAGAGCUGCCAGUGACCCUCCUGCGCCCUCUGCGGGACAAGAUCGCCAUGGAGAAGCACCGUGGUGUGCUGGAGUGCCAGGUGUCCCGGGCUAGCGCCCAGGUGCAGUGGUUGAAGGGCAGAGUGGAGCUGCAGCCGGGUCCCAAGUAUGAAAUGGUCAGCGACGGCCUUUACCGCAAGCUGGUCAUCAAUGACGUGCAGCCGGAGGAUGAGGACGUCUACACCUGUGACGCGGGUGACGUCAAGACCAGCGCCCAGUUCUUUGUGGAAGAGCAAUCCAUCACCAUCGUGCGGGGCCUGCAGGACGUGACAGUGAUGGAGCCUGCUCCCGCCUGGUUCGAGUGCGAGACCUCCAUCCCCUCGGUGAGGCCACCCAAGUGGCUCCUGGGGAAGACGGUGCUGCAGGCUGGGGCAAAUGUGGGCCUGGAGCAGGAGGGCACUGUGCACCGGCUGACGUUGCGGCGCACCUGCUCCACCAUGACCGGGCCCGUGCACUUCACCAUCGGCAAGUCCCGCUCCUCCGCACACCUUGUUGUCUCUGACAUCCCUAUGGUGCUCAUGCGGCCACUGGAGCCCAAGGUGGGGCGUGAGUUGCAGUCGGUGGUCCUGUCCUGUGACUUCAGGCCUCCUCCCAAAGCUGUGCAGUGGUACAAGGAUGAUGCGCCCCUGAUCCCAUCCAACAAGUUCAAGAUGAGGCUGGAGGGCCAGAUGGCUGAGCUGCGCAUUCUCCGGCUCAUGCCUGCUGAUGCUGGCAUUUACCGGUGCCAGGCAGGCAGUGCCCAGAGCAGCACCGAGGUCACCGUGGAAGUACGGGAGGUGACAGUCACGCAGCCGCUGCAGGAUGCUGAGGCCACAGAAGAGGACCGGGUGUGCUUCUCGUGCGAGCUGUCCCAUGAGGAUGAGGAGAUCGAGUGGUCACUCAACGGGACGCUCUUGUACAAUGACAGCUUCCAUGAGAUCACCCACGAGGGCCGCCGCCACACACUGGUGCUGAAGAGCAUCCGGCGGGCGGACGCGGGCACUGUGCGAGCCUCCUCCCGCAAAGUGUCAGCCUCUGCACGCCUUGAGGUCAGAGCGAAGCCGGUGGUGUUCCUGAAGGCACUGGACGACGUGUCUGCUGAGGAGCACAGCACACUGGUCCUGCAGUGUGAGGUCUCAGAGCCUGAGGCCCGCGUAGUGUGGCGCAAGGAUGGUGUGGACCUGGGCCCUAGUGACAAGUACAACUUCCUGUACACGGCGGGCAUGCGAGGGCUCAUGGUGCAUGACCUGAGUCACAAAGACGCCGGUCUGUACACUUGCCAUGUGGGCACCGAGGAGACCCGGGCCUGCGUCAGUGUGCACGACCUGCUUGUGGGCAUCACCAAGAGGCUGAAGACGGUGGAGGUGUUGGAGGGCGAGAGCAGCAGUUUUGAGUGCGUCCUGUCCCAUGAGAGCGCUGACGACCUAGCCAUGUGGACUGUCGGUGGGAAGACCGUGGGCAGCUCCGGCCACUUCCAGGCUGUGCGCCAGGGCCGCAAAUACACCCUGAUGGUCCGAGACGCUGCGCUGAGUGACGCUGGGGAGGUGGUUUUCUCUGUGCGGGGUCUCACCUCCAAGGCCUCGCUCAUUGUCAGAGAGAGGCCGGCAGACAUCACAAAGCCUCUGGAAGACCAGCAGGCCAUACCAGGGGAGGACGUGGUGCUGAUCUGUGAGCUAUCCCGGGCGGGCACGCCAGUGCGCUGGCUGAAGGACGGGACGGCCAUCCGCAAGAGUCAGAAGUACAGCGUGCUCAGUGAGGGCACACGGGCCAUGCUGGUCAUCCACGGAGCCUCACUCAAGGAUUCGGGCGAGUACACAUGUGAGACAGAAGCUUCCAAGAGCACAGCCAGGCUCCACGUGGGAGAGAAGGCAAACCGGUUCACGGAGGAGCUGUCUGACCUGCAGGUGGAGGAGAAGGGCACGGCUGUGUUCAUGUGCAAGACGGAGCGGCCCGUGGACACAGUGACCUGGUACAAGGGUAUCACUGAGCUGCAGACCUCGGAGAAGCACAUGCCCAGCCAGGAGGGCCUGACCUUGAGGCUCACCGUCAGCUCUCUGGAGAAGGCAGACAGCGACACCUAUAUCUGCGACAUUGGCCAGGCCCAGACCCGGGCCCAGCUCCUGGUGCGAGGCCAGAGAGUGCUCAUCACCGAGGACCUAGAGGAUGCAGACGUGCAGGAGGGUUCCUCAGCUACUUUCUGCUGCCGUGUGUCCCCUGCUGACUAUGGGCCAGUGCACUGGUUCUUGGAUAAGACCCCUCUGCAUGCCAAUGAGCUCAAUGAGAUUGAGGUCCAGCCUGGGGGCUACCACAUACUUACCCUGCGGCAGCUGGCGCUCAAGGACUCGGGCACGGUUCACUUUGAGGCAGGCGACCAGCGGACCUCAGCCAACCUGCGGGUCACUGAGAAGCCAGCCGUCUUCUCCCGGGAGCUCUCAGAUGCCACAGUCACAGAGGGCGAGGACCUGAUCCUCGUCUGUGAGACCACCAUUCCAGACUGCCCCGUGUGCUGGACCAAGGACGGGAAGGUGCUGCGGCCAUCUGCCCGGUGCCAGCUGACCUAUGAGGGCCGCCGGGCCCAGCUGGUCAUCACAGGUGCCACCAUGCAGGACGGUGGGCGCUACAAGUGUGAGGCCAGUGGGGCCGGGAGCAGCUCCAUCGUCAGGGUCCACGCUCGGCCAGUGUGGUUCCGGGAGCCCCUAAAAGACACGGAGGUGCUGGAGAGUGGUGCCGUGACUCUGCGCUGCAUGCUGUCGUCUGUGGCUGCACCCGUGGAGUGGCGCCGUGGAGAUGACAUCCUGAGGCCCGGGGGCAAAUACAGGCUGCGCCAGGAGGGCGCCUUGCUGGAGCUGGUGGUCCAGGACCUGCAGCCCCAGGACAGCGGGAAGUACGCAUGCUCCUUUGGGGAUCAGACAACCUCCGCCACACUCACCGUGAAGGCCCUGCCUGCCCAAUUCAUAGGAGGACUAAGAAACAAGGAGGCCACCGAAGGGACCGUGGCCACAAUGAGGUGUGAGCUGAGCAAGGCGGCUCCUGUGGAGUGGAGGAAGGGGCCUGAGACCAUCAGAGAUGGGGACAAAUACAGCCUGAGGCAGGACGGGGCCGUGUGUGAGCUGCAGAUCCGUGGCCUGGCCGUGGCAGAUGCCGGGGAGUACGCGUGCGUGUGUGGGCAGGAGAGGACCUCGGCCACACUGACCAUCAGGGCUCUGCCUGCCCACUUCGUAGGAAGACUAAGAAACAGGGAGGCCACAGAAGGGGACACGGCCACGCUGCACUGUGAGCUGAGUAAGGCAGCCCCUGUGGAGUGGAGGAAGGGGCCUGAAAUCCUCAGAGAUGGGGACAGAUUCAGCCUGAGGCAGGAUGGGGCUGUGUGUGAGCUGCAGAUCCGUGGUCUGGCCGUGGCGGACGCCGGGGAGUACUUGUGCGUGUGUGGGCAGGAGAGGACCUCGGCCACGCUGACCGUCAGAGUCCUCACCGUAGAGUUGAGAAAAGGUCUGGGGCCUGAGUGGGUCACAGAAGGGGCCACAGCCACAAUGGCAUGUGACCUGUGGAGUGCAGGAAGGAGCCCGAGAUCCUCAGAGAUUGGGACAGCCCUGCCUGCCAAGUUCACAAAGGGUCUGAGAAAUGAAGAGGCCACAGAAGGGGCCACGGCCACGCUGCAUUGUGAGCUGAGCAAGAAGGUCCCCGUGGAGUGGAGGAAGGGGACGAAGACCCUCAGAGAUGGGGACAGAUACAGACUGCGGCAGGACGGGGCUGUGUGUGAGCUGCAGAUCCGUGGCCUGGCCGUGGCAGAUGCCGGGGAGUACGCGUGCGUGUGUGGGCAGGAGAGGACCUCGGCCACACUGACCGUCAGGGCCCUGUCCGCCAAGUUCACAAAAGAUAUGAGAAAUGAAGAGGCCACGGAAGGGGACACGGCCACGCUGCGGUGUGAGCUGAGCAAGGUGGCCCCUGUGGAGUGGAAGAAGGGAACAGAGACCCUGAGAGAUGGGGACAGAUACAGUCUGCGGCAAGAUGGGGCUGUGUGUGAGCUGCAGAUCCGUGGCCUGGCCGUGGCAGAUGCCGGGGAGUACUCGUGCGUGUGUGGGCAGGAGAGGACCUCGGCCACGCUGACCGUCAGGGCUCUGCCUGCCAGAUUUACAGAAGACGUGAGAAGCCAAGAGGCCACAGAAGGGGACACGGCUGUGCUGCGGUGUGAGCUGAGCAAGGCGGUCCCUGUGGAGUGGAGGAAGGGAAUGAAGACCCUCAGAGAUGGGGACAGAUAUAGCCUGAAGCAGGACGGGGCCGCGUGUGAGCUGCAGAUCCGUGACCUGGCUGUGGCAGAUGCGGGGGAGUACUCGUGCGUGUGUGGGCAGGAGAGGACCUCGGCCACGCUGACCGUGAAGGCCCUGCCUGCUCGAUUCAUUCAAGAUCUGAAGACCAAGGAGGCCACAGAAGGGGCCACGGCCACGCUGCAUUGUGAGCUGAGCAAGGCGGCCCCUGUGGAGUGGAGGAAGGGGAUGAAGACCCUCAGAGAUGGGGACAGAUACAGACUGCGGCAGGACGGGGCUGUGUGUGAGCUGCAGAUCCGUGGCCUGGCUGUGGCAGAUGCCGGGGAGUACGCAUGCGUGUGUGGGCAGGAGAGGACCUCGGCCACACUGACCGUCAGGGCCCUGUCCGCCAAGUUCACAAAAGAUAUGAGAAAUGAAGAGGCUACGGAAGGGGACACGGCCACGCUGCGGUGUGAGCUGAGCAAGGUGGCCCCUGUGGAGUGGAAGAAGGGAACAGAGACCCUGAGAGAUGGGGACAGAUACAGUCUGCGGCAAGAUGGGGCUGUGUGUGAGCUGCAGAUCCGUGGCCUGGCCGUGGCAGAUGCCGGGGAGUACUCGUGCGUGUGUGGGCAGGAGAGGACCUCGGCCACACUGACCAUCAGGGCUCUGCCUGCCCACUUCGUAGGAAGACUAAGAAACAGGGAGGCCACAGAAGGGGACACGGCCACGCUGCACUGUGAGCUGAGUAAGGCAGCCCCUGUGGAGUGGAGGAAGGGGCCUGAAAUCCUCAGAGAUGGGGACAGAUUCAGCCUGAGGCAGGAUGGGGCUGUGUGUGAGCUGCAGAUCCGUGGUCUGGCCGUGGCGGACGCCGGGGAGUACUUGUGCGUGUGUGGGCAGGAGAGGACCUCGGCCACACUGACCGUCAGAGUCCUCACCGUAGAGUUGAGAAAAGGUCUGGGGCCUGAGUGGGUCACAGAAGGGGCCACAGCCACAAUGGCAUGUGACCUGUGGAGUGCAGGAAGGAGCCCGAGAUCCUCAGAGAUUGGGACAGCCCUGCCUGCCAAGUUCACAAAGGGUCUGAGAAAUGAAGAGGCCACAGAAGGGGCCACGGCCACGCUGCAUUGUGAGCUGAGCAAGAAGGUCCCCGUGGAGUGGAGGAAGGGGACGAAGACCCUCAGAGAUGGGGACAGAUACAGACUGCGGCAGGACGGGGCUGUGUGUGAGCUGCAGAUCCGUGGCCUGGCCGUGGCAGAUGCUGGGGAGUACUCGUGCGUGUGUGGGCAGGAGAGGACCUCGGCCACGCUGACUGUCAGGGCCCUGCCUGCCAAGUUCACAAAAGGUCUGAGUAAUGAAGAGGCCACCGAAGGGACCAUUACCACGCUGCGGUGUGAGCUGAGCAAGGCGGCCCCUGUGGAGUGGAGGAAGGGGACGAAGACCCUCAGAGAUGGGGACAGAUACAGACUGCGGCAGGACGGGGCCGUGUGUGAGCUGCAGAUCUGUGGCCUGGCCGUGGCAGAUGCCGGGGAGUACUUGUGCGUGUGUGGGCAGGAGAGGACCUCGGCCACGCUGACUGUCAGGGCUCUGCCUGCCCACUUCAUAGGAAAACUGAGAAACAAGGAGGCAACAGAAGGGGCCACGGCCACGCUGCGUUGUGAGCUGAGCAAGGAGGCUCCUGUGGAGUGGAGGAAGGGACCUGAGACCCUCAGAGAUGGGGACAGAUAUAGCCUGAAACAGGAUGGUGCCAUGUGUGAACUGGAGAUAUGUGGCCUGGCCGUGAUGGACACCGGAGAGUACUCAUGUGUGUGUGGGCAGGAGAGGACUUCAGCCAUUCUGACUGUCAAGGCCCUGCCCGCCAAGUUCACAGAAGGUCUGAGGAAUGAAGAGGCCACAGAAGGAACCACAGUCACACUGCAGUGUCAGAUGAACAAGACAGCCCCUGUGGAGUGGAGGAAGGGAACAAAAACCCUCAGAGAGGGGGAGAGAUAUAAGCUGCAGCAGGAUGGGGCUGUGUGUGAGCUGCAGAUCCUUGACCUGUCCAUGGCGGAUGCUGGGGAGUACUCGUGUGUGUGUGGGCAGGAGAGGACCUUGGCCACACUGACCAUCAGGGCCCUGCCUGCCAGAUUCAUAGAAGAUGUGAGAAGCCAAGAGGCCACGGAAGGGGACACAGCGACGCUGAGGUGUGAGCUGAGCAAGGCAGCCCCUGUGGAGUGGCAGAAGGGAACAGAGACCCUCAGAGAUGGGGACAGAUACAGUCUGCGGCAGGAUGGGGCCGUGUGUGAGCUGCAGAUCCGUGGCCUGGCUGUGGCGGACGCCGGGGAGUACUUGUGCGUGUGUGGGCAGGAGAGGACCUCGGCCACGCUGACCGUCAGGGCCCUGCCUGCCAAGUUCACAGAAGGUCUGAAGAAUGAAGAGGCCACAGAAGGGACCACAGCCAUGCUGAGGUGUCAGAUGAGCAAGGUGGCCCCCGUGGAGUGGAGGAAGGGAGCAGACACGCUCAGAGAUGGGGACAGAUACAGUCUGCGGCAGGAUGGGGCCGUGUGUGAGCUGCAGAUCCGUGGCCUGGCCGUGGCAGAUGCCGGGGAGUACUCGUGCGUGUGUGGGCAGGAGAGGACCUCGGCCACACUGACCGUCAGGGCUCUGCAGGUAGUUUUCCGGAAGCCUCUGCAGAGCCUGCAGGCUGAGGAGGGUUCCACAGCCAGCCUGCUCUGUGAGCUGUCCCUGUCUGAUGCUGCCGUGGUCUGGAGCAAGGGCGGCCUGGAACUGCAGGCCGACGGGCGCCGGGAGCCGCGGCAGCGGGGCCACGUGGCUGAGCUGGUUCUGCGGGGCUUGCGCCGCGAGGAUGCCGGCGAGUACACCUGCGCCUGCGGCUCCCAGGCUACCAGCGCCAUGCUCACUGUCACAGCUGCUCCCGUGCAGUUCCUCAGGGAGCUGCAGGCCCAGGAGGUGGAUGAGGGCGCCACGGCACAUCUGCGCUGUGAGCUGAGCCGGGCGGGCACGGGCGUGGAGUGGCGCAAGGGCUCCCUGGAGCUCUUCCCCUGUGCCAAGUACCAGAUGGUGCAGGAGGGCGCUCUUGCAGAGCUGUUGGUGUGUGGUGCUGAACAGGAGGACUCAGGCGACUACACCUGCGACACAGGCCAUGCACAGAGCACCGCCAGCCUCUCUGUCCGCGCUCCCAGGCCCAAGUUCAAGACCCAGCUGCAGAGCUUAGAGCAGGAGGCAGGGGAAGUUGCCCGGCUAUGCUGCCAGCUGAACGAGGUGGAGCCGGGGACCCCCGUGCAGUGGCUCAAGGAGGGUGUGGAGCUGCACGUAGGCCCCAAGUAUGAGAUGCGGCACCAGGGGGCCACAUGCGAGUUGCUGAUCCAUGGGCUAGAGGACAAGGACACUGGCGAGUACACCUGCGUGGUGGAUGGCCAGAAAACUUUGGCCUCCCUCAGGGUCAAAGAGCCUGAGGUGACCAUUGUGCGGGGGCUUGUGGACACUGAGGCACAGGCCGAUGGGGACGUGGAGUUCAGCUGUGAGGUGUCACGCGCUGGUGCCAUGGAUGUGCAAUGGAGUCUCCAGGGCGUGCCUCUGCAGACCAAUGAGGUGACAGAGGUAGCCGUGCGGGAUGGCUGCACCCACACGCUCUGGCUGAAAGGCGUGACUCCUGAGGAUGCUGGUACCAUCUCCUUCCGUGUGGGUGGCCACACAUCCUCUGCCCAGCUCACUGUUCGAGUCCCUGAGGUGACCAUCCUGGAGCCCCUACAGGACGUGCAGCUCAGCGAGGGCCAAGAUGCCCGUUUCUGGUGCCGGCUGUCCAGGGCCUUGGGCCAGGAGGCCUGCUGGGCUUUGGAAGGGGUGCCCUUGCAGGCCAAUGAGAUGAACGACAUCACCGUGGAACAGGGCACGCUCCACUCGCUCACCCUGCACAAGGUGACCCUCGAGGAUGCUGGAACCAUCAGUUUCCAAGUGGGCACUUGCAGCUCAGAGGCCCAGUUGAAGGUCACAGAGGCAGUGCUGUGCCUGGUACGUGGCUUGCAGAAUGUGGAUGUCUUCGCGGGGGAGGUGGCCACAUUCUCCUGUGAGGUGUCUCGUGCUGGUGGGCCAGAGGCCCACUGGUGGCUGGAUGGGACCCUGCUUCAGGACGGCCCCGAGAGUGUCAUCACCGUGUAUGAUGGGACCUUUCACUCCCUCAGUCUCUCGGGCUUGGGGGUGGCCGAUUCGGGCGUCAUCACCUUCCGUGCAGGGUCUCUGGUCUCCACGGCCAAGUUGUUGGUCAAAGAUCCUGCGGUGGAGGUGGUCAGUGCCAUGCAGGACCUGGCCGUGGAGGAGGGUGGCUCUGCCGAGCUCCUUUGCCAGUACUCGCGGCCUGUGCAGGCCACAUGGAAGAUGGACGAGCGGGAGGUGCAAGCAGAUGGGCACCGUGUCACCAUAGAGCAGGACUGGACCGUGGCCAGGCUGACCUUCAGGCCGGCCUUGCCCUGUGACAGUGGCAUCUAUUCUUGUGAGGCUGCGGGCACCCGCGUGGUGGCCCUGCUGCAAGUGCAAGCCAAGAACACAGUGGUCCGAGGCCUGGAGAAUGUGGAGGCACCCGAGGGUGGAGAGGCACUGUUCGAGUGCCAGCUGUCCCGGCCUGAAGUGGCCGCCCACACGUGGCUGCUGGAUGACGAGCCUGUGCACACUUCAGAGAACGCUGAGGUGGUCUACUUCGAGAAUGGCCUGCGGCACCUGCUGCUACUUAAAAACCUGCGGCCACAGGACAGCUGCCGGGUGACUUUCCUGGCUGGGGAUAUGGUGACGUCUGCAUUCCUCACCGUCAGAGGCUGGCGCCUGGAAGUCCUUGAGCCCCUGAAGGACGUGGCUGUGGCAGCUGGUGCACAGGCCCGCUUCAGCUGCAUGCUCAGCGAGGUAGUGCCUGUGGGCGAGGCCUCCUGGUACAUCAAUGGGGCCUCGAUCCAGCCAGAUGACACUGACUGGACGGUCACCGCCGAUGGCAGCCAGCACGCUUUGCUGCUCCACAACGCUCAGCUGCACCAUGGUGGGGAGGUCACCUUUGCUGCCCGCGACGCCGUGGCCUCUGCACGGCUCACAGUGCUGGGCAUCCCCGAUCCCCCAGAGGAUGCUGAGGUGGUGAGUCGCAGUGGCAGCUCUGUGACACUGUCCUGGGCGGCUCCCACAAGCGAUGGUGGCGGUGGUCUCUGUGGCUAUCGGGUGGAGAUGAAGGAGAGGACCACGGGCCAAUGGCAGCUCUGCCAUGAGCUGGUGCCUGGGCCCGAGUGUGUUGUGGAUGGCUUGACCCCCGGGGAGACCUACCGCUUCCGCGUGGCAGCUGUAGGCCCUGCAGGCACUGGGGAUCCUGUGCACCUGCCCCAAAUGGUCAGGCUCGAGCCCCAGGAACCUGCACCUCCCCGACCCCCGGCCCCUGAGAGCCGGCAGGUGGCUGUGGGUGAGGACAUAUAUCUGGAGUUUGAGCUGGCGGCUGAGGCUGGUGAAGUGGUCUGGCACAGGGGGACAGAGCACAUCCAGCCCAGCGGGCACUUCGAGCUCCUCUCCCAGGGUCAGCGGCAGACGCUGGUGAUCAGGGGCUUUACUGUGGAAGACCAGGGCGAGUACCGCUGCAGCCUGGCCCGGGGCCCAGCCUCCACCGUGGCUGCCACCUUCCAGGUGGCGUUGACCCCAGGAUCUGAGGGUGAAGCCCCUGUGCAGCCCAGCCUGCCCCCCGAGGCGGCCCAGGAAGGAGACCUGCACCUGCUGUGGGAGGCCGUGGCCCGGAAGCGCCGCAUGAGCCGAGAACCCACGCUGGACUCCAUCAGUGAAAUGCCUGAGGAUAGCCGUGUGCAGCGCCUGCGGCAGGAGGCAGAAGAGGCAGCCCCUGACCUCUCUGAGGGCUACUCCACAGCCGAUGAGCUGGCACGCACCGGAGAGGCUGACCUCUCACACACCAGCUCUGAUGACGAAUCCUGGGUGGGCACCCCUUCCCUGGUUGCGUACCUCAAGAAGGCUGGGAGGCCUGGCACCUCACUGCUGGCCAGCAAGACUGGGGCCCCAGGAGCUCCUUCUGUGAAGCCACAGAAGCAGCAGGAGCAGCCAUCCACAGUGCGCUCAUCACCGGGAGACCUGAGUGCCAAGGAUCUGGGUGACCCCUCCAUGGACAAAGCAGCUGUGAAGAUCCAGGCUGCCUUUAAAGGCUACAAGGUCCGGAAGGAGAUGAAGCAGCAGGAAGGGCCCGUGCUCUCCCGCACGUUUGGUGACACUGAGGCACAGGUGGGGGACACCCUGCGGCUGGAGUGUGUGGUGGUCAGCAAGGCAGAUGUGCGGGCCCACUGGCUGAAAGAUGGUGUGGAGCUGACUGAUGGGCGGCAUCACCACAUCGACCAGCUUGCAGAUGGCACCUGCUCUCUGCUGGUCACUGGCUUGGGCCAUGCCGAUGCUGGCCGCUACACCUGUCAAGUGAGCAACAAGUUUGGCCAUGUGGCCCACAGUGCAUGUGUAGUGGUUAGUGGGACAGAGAGUGAGGCUGAGAGCUCCUCGGGGGGUGAGCUGGACGAUGCCUUCCACCGGGCCGCCCGGCGGCUGCACCGGCUCUUCUGCACCAAGGGCCCGGCUGAAGUUUCAGAUGAGGAGAUUUUCGUCAGUGCAGAUGAGGGCACCGUGGAGCCAGAGGAACCCACAGACUGGCAGACAUACCAUGAAGAUGAAAAUUUUGUUUGCAUCUGUUUUGAGGCACUUGCUGAAGCCCGCCGGGCAGUCACCUGCUUCCAGGACAUGUUUGCCACACUGGGCAUUGGGGUGGAGAUCAACCUCGUGGAGCAGGGACCCCGGGGGGUGGAGAUGCGCAUCACCAAGGUGGCCCCCACCCCUGCAGUGCCUGCAGAGCCAGUGCCCAGCCCGCUGACCUCUGAUGCUGCCCCAGUGUUCCUGACAGAGCUACAGAACCAAGAAGUGCAGGAUGGGUAUCCCGUGAGCUUCGACUGCGUGGUGACAGGCCAGCCCGUGCCCAGCGUGCGCUGGUUCAAGGAUGGGAAGUUGUUGGAGGAGAAUGAUCACUACAUGAUCAACGAGGACCAGCAGGGUGGCCACCAGCUCAUCAUCAUGGCUGUGGUGCCGUCGGACAUGGGUGUCUACCGCUGCCUGGCCGAGAACAGCAUGGGUGUCUCCUCCACCAAAGCUGAGCUCCGCGUAGACUUGACAAGCACAGACUACGACACCGCAGCUGAUGCUACAGAGACGUCAUCGUACUUCAGCGCCCAGGGCUACCUGUCCAGCCGGGAGCAAGAGGGAACGGAGUCUACCACGGAUGAAGGGCAGCUGCCCCAGGUGGUGGAGGAUCUGAAAGACCUCCAGGUGGCUCCUGGCACGCGUCUGGCCAAGUUCCAGCUCAAGGUGAAAGGCUACCCGGCGCCCAGACUGUACUGGUUCAAAGAUGGACAGCCCCUGACUGCAUCUGCCCACAUCCGCAUGACCGACAAGAAGACCCUGCACACCCUGGAGAUCGUCUCAGUCAGCCAGGAGGAUGCUGGCCAGUACGCAGUCUACAUCAGCAAUGCUGUGGGCGCGGCCUACUCGUCUGCCCGGCUCCUGGUCCGAGGCCCUGAUGAACCAGAAGAGAAGCCAGCAUCAGAUGUGCAUGAGCAGCUGGUGCCACCCCGAAUCCUGGAGAAGUUUACCCCCAAGAAAGUGAAGAAGGGCUCCAGCAUCACUUUUUCGGUGAAGGUAGAAGGACUCCCAGCCCCGGCCGUGCACUGGCUCAGGGAGGAGGCUGAGAGGGGUGUGCUGUGGAUCGGCCCUGCCACGCCGGGCUACACCAUGGCCAGCUCUGCGCAGCAGCACAGCCUGGUCCUACUGGAUGUGGGCCGGCAGCACCAAGGCACCUACACAUGCAUUGCCACCAAUGCCGCUGGUCAGGCCCUCUGCUCCGCCAGCCUGCACGUCUCAGGCCUGCCCAAGGAGGAAGAGCAGGAGAAAGUGAAGGAGGCUCUCAUCUCCACUUUCCUGCAAGGGACAACCCAAGCCAUCUCAGCACAGAUGUCAGAAUCCGCAGGUUUCACCGACCUCGCUGGGCAGAGGAAAGGAGAACCCCUGGCGACUGAGGAAGCCCGCGGCCACCUGUCCCUUGCUGAGGUGGGCACAGAGGAGUUCCUGCAGAAACUCACCUCUCAGAUCACUGAGAUGGUAUCAGCCAAGAUCACGCAGGCCAAGCUGCAGGUGCCCGGAGGUGACAGUGAUGAGGAGUCCAAGACGCCGUCCGCAUCCCCCCGGCAUGGCCGAUCGCGACCUUCCUCCAGUGUCCAGGAGUCUUCCUCCGAGUCAGAGGACGGCGACUCCCGCGGCGAGAUCUUUGACAUCUAUGUAGUCACGGCCGACUACCUGCCCCUGGGGGCCGAGCAGGAUGCUAUCACGCUGCGGGAAGGCCAGUACGUGGAGGUCCUUGACUCGGCCCACCCACUGCGCUGGCUUGUUCGCACCAAACCCACCAAAUCCAGCCCCUCGAGGCAGGGCUGGGUGUCACCUGCCUACCUGGACAAGAGGCUCAAGCUAUCACCUGAGUGGGGGCCCACUGAGGCCCCUGAGUUCCCGAGGGAAGCCAUGUCUGAAGAUGAGUACAAGACGAAGCUGAGCUCCAUCAUCCAGGAGCUGCUGAGCUCAGAGCAGGCCUUUGUGGGCAAGCUGCAGUUCCUGCAGAGCCAUCACAUGCAGCACCUGGAACACUGCCCACGUGUGCCCACCGCCGUGGCCAGCCAGAAGGCCGUCAUCUUCCGCAACGUGGAGGACAUCAGCCGCUUCCACAGCAGCUUCCUGCAGGAGCUGCAGCACUGUGACACGGAUGACGACGUGGCCAUGUGCUUCAUCAAGAACCAGGCAGCCUUUGAGAAGUACCUUGAGUUCCUGGUGGGCCGAGUGCAGGCUGAGUCGGUGGUUGUCAGCACGGCUGUGCAGGAGUUCUACAAGAAAUACGCGGAGGAGGUGCUGUCAGGUGGAGAUCCCUUGCAGCCGCUCCCACUGCCGCUGCAGCACUAUCUGGAGCAGCCAGUGGAGCAGGUGCAGCGGUACCAGACCCUGCUGAAGGAGCUGAUCCGCAACAAGGCUCGGAACCGGCAGAACUGUGCGCUGCUGGAGCAAGCCUACGCUGUGGUGUCAGCCCUGUCCCCACGUGCCGAGAACAAGCUGCAUGUGUCGCUCAUGGAGAACUACCCGGGCACCCUGGAGGCCCUGGGCGAGCCCAUCCGCCAGGGCCACUUUAUCGUAUGGGAGGGAGCUCCGGGUGCCCGGAUGCCCUGGAAGGGCCACAACCGCCAUGUCUUCCUCUUCCGCAACCACCUGGUGAUCUGCAAGCCCCGGCGAGACUCUCGCACUGACACCUUCAGCUACGUGUUCCGGAACAUGAUGAAGCUGAGCAGCAUCGACCUGAAUGAUCAGGUGGAAGGGGACGACCGCGCCUUUGAGGUGUGGCACGAGCGAGAGGACUCAGUGCGCAAGUAUCUGCUGCAGGCACGGACAGUUAUCAUCAAGAACUCCUGGGUGAAGGAGAUCUGUGGCAUCCAGCAGCGCCUGGCCCUGCCCGCAUGGCGUCCCCCAGAUUUCGAAGAGGAACUGGCUGACUGCACGGCUGAGCUGGGCGAGACAGUCAAGUUGGCCUGCCGUGUGAUGGGCACACCCAAGCCUGUUGUCAGCUGGUACAAAGACGGGAAGCCAGUGGAGGUGGACCCUCACCACAUCCUCAUUGAAGACCCUGAUGGCUCCUGCGCCCUCAUCUUGGACAAUCUGACUGGAGUAGACUCUGGCCAGUAUAUGUGCUUUGCAGCCAGUGCUGCCGGCAAUGCUAGCACCCUGGGCAAGAUCCUGGUGCAAGUCCCUCCACGGUUUGUGAACAAGGUCCGGGCCACGCCCUUUGUGGAGGGAGAAGAUGCCCAGUUUACCUGCACCAUGGAAGGCACCCCAUACCCUCAGAUCAGGUGGUACAAGGACAGGACCCUGUUGACUCCUGGCAGCAAGUACCAGAUGUUGAGUGAGCCCCGCAGUGGCAUUCUGGUGCUGGUGAUCCGGGCAGCCGGCAAGGAAGACCUGGGACACUACGAGUGUGAGUUGGUGAACCGGCUGGGCUCCACGCGUGGCGGUGCAGAGUUGUACGUACAGAGCCCUGCAUUGCAGGCCCGGGACCAACACCACGGGGAGCAGCUCAUGGCUGCUGUGGAAGAUGCCGCUCCAUCCCUGGCCGCCGUGGAGGACACUGUCCACCCCGCCCUGGAUCGAGUGGACCAGGAGGUCACAUCUGUCCUGGGGAGACUGUUGAGCCCUGAGGCUCCAGGCUUCUUUGCACAGGAUCUCGCCAGCCUCAGCCCUGGGGGGCCACCCACACUCCAGGAGGCUGGCCACCAGCCCCCAGGUGCCAGAGUCUUGGAUGCACCUGCUGAGCCCCCAAAGGUUCCGCAGCCCAUUCCCCACGAAGGCCUGGAGCAGGAGACGGCGGCUGGUGCCGGGGUCCAGGAACGGACUGUGCCCAUUCGGAUGGAGGGCGCAUCCUGGCCAAGGGCAGGUGCAGGGGAGCUGCUCUGGGACAUCCACAGCCAAGUGGUUACGGAGACCACACAAAGGACCUACGUGUACCAGGCCAUCGACGUGGGCACCGCAAGACCCCCAUCUAUGCAGGUCACCAUUGAGGAUGUACAGGUACAGACAGGUGGCACAGCACAGUUUGAGGCUGUCAUCGAGGGCAACCCGCAGCCCACAGUGACCUGGUACAAGGACAAUGUCCAGCUCGUGGACAGUGCCCAGCUCAGCCAGCAGCAGGACGGGACCACAUACUCCCUAGUGCUGAAGGAUGUGGCCCAGCACGACGCUGGUGUGUACACCUGCCUGGCCCACAAUGCUGGUGGCCAGGUGCUCUGCAAGGCGGAGCUGCUGGUCCAAGGGGGGGACAGUGAGCCAGACUUGGAAAAGCAAAGCUACCGGAGGAAGCUACACUCCUUCUACGAGGUCAAGGAGGAGAUUGGAAGGGGUGUGUUUGGCUUUGUGAAAAGAGUACAGCACAAAGGAAAUAAGAUCUCAUGUGCUGCCAAGUUCAUUCCCCUGCGGAGCAAAACUCGGACUGAGGCAUACCGGGAGCGAGACAUCCUGACCACACUGAGCCACCCUCUGGUCACUGGGCUGCUGGACCACUUUGAGACCCAGAAGACUCUUAUCCUCGUCUUGGAGUUGUGCUCAUCAGAGGAGCUGCUGGACCGCCUGUUCAAGAAAAGUGUGGUGACCGAGGCUGAGGUCAAAGUCUACGUCCAGCAGCUUGUGGAGGGGCUGCAUUACCUGCACAGCCACGGCAUCCUCCACCUGGACAUAAAGCCCCCCAACAUCCUGAUGGUGCAUCCUGCCCGGGAAGACAUUAAAAUCUGUGACUUUGGUUUUGCUCAAAAAAUCACCCCAGCAGAGCCACAGUAUAGCACGUAUGGCUCCCCUGAGUUUGUCUCCCCUGAGAUCGUCCAGCAGACCCCUGUGAGCCAGGCCUCGGACAUCUGGGCCAUGGGGGUGAUCUCCUACCUCAGCCUGACCUGCUCAUCCCCGUUUGCGGGUGAGAGUGACCGUGCCACCCUCCUGAAUGUUCUGGAGGGGCGGGUGUCUUGGAGCCACCCCAUGGCUGCUCACCUCAGCGAGGAUGCCAAGGACUUCAUCAAGGCCACACUGCAGAGGGCCCCAGAGGCCCGGCCCAGUGCCUCUCAGUGCCUUGCCCACCCCUGGUUCCUGAAUUCAGUGCCAGCAGAGGAGGCCCACUUCAUCAACACCAAACAGCUCAAGUUCCUCCUGGCCCGAAGCCGCUGGCAGCGUUCGCUGAUGAGCUACAAGUCCAUCCUGGUGAUGCGCUCCAUCCCUGAGCUGCUGCAGGGCCCGCCUGACAGCCCGUCCCUUGGAGUGGCCCGGCACCUGCGCGGAGAUGCUGGCAGCUCUUCCAGCUCCUCUUCCUCCUCCGACACCGAGCUUGCCCCAUUCGCCCGCGCCAAGUCCCUGCCACCCUCCCCGGUGACCCACUCCCCGCUGCUGCACCCUCGGGGCUUCUUGAGGCCCUCGUCCAGCCUGCCGGAGGAGGCUGAGGCCUGUGCACCGGAGGCGGCCACAGCUGCAGCCCCGCCCACGUCACCCCAGGGUGCAGGGCCGCCGGCCUCCCCUGGCUGCGUGCCCCGGCACAGCGUCAUCCGCAGUCUGUUCUACCAGCAGGCGGGCGAGGGCCCGGAGCGCAGGGACCCGGCCCUGGGGAGCAGGCGGCACCCGGCCCGGCGGCGGCACCUGCUGAAGGGUGGAUACAUCGCAGGGGCCCUGCCUGGCCUGCGUGAGCCGCUGUUGGAGCACCGUGUGCUAGAGGAGGAGGCCGCCAAGGAGGAGCAGGCCACGCCGAUGGCCAAAGCAUCUUCCUUUGAGACUGUCCUGUGGCUGCCUGGCUCUGGAACCCAUGAGGCCCCUGGCCACAGCCACUCAUUGGACCAUGACCCACCCAGCACCGCCAGCCCCUCCUCGGAGGCCUGCUGCGAGGGACAGUGUCCACUCCUGGCCCCUUCGGGAGUGGCUCAUGGGGGUUCUGCCAGGGAGAUGGGGCAUCCCAAGGAGUCCCUGCAGGUGCCGAAGCUACUUCCAUCCACUCAUAGAGACACGGGCUCUGCUCAGCCAAAGGCACCCUCCCAGGACAGCCAUCAGGAGCAGCCAGCCCCUUUCUGUGACCCUGAGGGGGGUUCUGCCCCUCAGGAGGGCUGUGGGGCUCCCUUGGUUGUUGCACCACAGUCCCCUGGCUCUUUCCCUUUGAGGUCAUGCAAGGAGGCCCUCUUGGCACCCUCGAGACCUUUCCUCUUGGGAGAUCCCCAAAUGGCACCCUCCCCAGCCCAAGCAAGCCCCCUGCCAGGCUCUAAGGUGGAGCUGGAGGAAAGCUCUCUUCCCAGGAUGCCACAGCCAGGCCUUUCCAGUGCCCCAGGACCAGUGUCCCAGGUGGGCAUGGAGUCUGGCCCCUCUCUGGAUGCUGAGGGCUUGUCCCAGGAGGCCGGAGGCUCAUCUGAUUCGACACCCACCCUGCAGCAUUCUCAGGAACAGGCGACCACCCGGAAGUUCUCCCUGGGGUGGCGUGGGGGUUAUGCGGGGGUGGCGGGCUACGGCACGUUUGCCUUUGGUGGGGAUGCAGGGGGCAUGCUGGGGCAGGGUCCCCUGUGGGCCAGGAUGGCCUGGGCUGUGUCCCAGUCCUCAGAGGAGCAGGAUGAGGCCAGGGCCGAGAGCCCACUGCCCCAGGCCAGCGUGGGGCCCAUGCCUGAGGCCAGUAGGGUACCCCUGAGGGCCUCCCCAGAGCUGACCUCAUGGGAGGACAUUGGGCAAGUCUCCCUGGUGCAGAUCCGGGACCUGUCGGGUGACGCAGAGGCAGCUGACACCAUAUCCCUGGAUAUUUCUGAGGUGGAUCCCGCUUACCUCAACCUCUCUGAUCUGUACGACAUCAAAUACCUGCCCUUUGAGUUCAUGAUCUUCAGGAGGGUUCCUAAGCCCGCGGAGCAGGAGCAGGAGCUGCUCUCCCCUGAGGUUGAGGCCGGGGAGGAGCUGGCAGAGGUCCCAGAAGCCAUGUGGCCCUGGCCGGGUGAGCUGGGCCCACGCGCCAACCUGGAGAUCACAGAGGAGCCAGAGGACAUGGAGGCCCUGGUGCGGGAGGCCACCAUAGGCAGGAAACGCAAGUGGCCCUCCCCCACACGCAGCCUCUUCCGCUUCCCCGGGAGGUACCUGCCACUGGAAGAGCCAGCGGAGCUCAGACUGCACCAGAGGGUGAAGGCCUCUGUGGCCCACAUCUCCCGGAUCCUGAAGGGCAGGCCGGAAGGUCCUGAAAAGAAGGGCUCCCCCAGGAAGAAGCCAGGCCUAGCUUCCUUCCGGCUGUCGGGUCUGAAGGGCAGGGACCAAGCGCCGUCAUUCCUAAGGGAGCUUUCGGAUGAGACUGUAGUCCUGGGCCAGUCGGUGACUCUGGCCUGCCAAGUGUUAGCCCAGCCAGCCACCCAGGCCACCUGGAGCAAAGAUGGGGCCCUCCUGGAGAGUAGCAGCCGCCUCCUCAUCUCCUCCACCCUCAAGAAUUUCCAUCUUCUGACCAUCUUGGUGGUGACCGCCGAGGACCUGGGAGUGUACACCUGCAGCGUGAGCAACACGCUGGGGACUGCGGCCACCGUGGGUGUCCUCCGGAAGGCAGAGCGCCCCUUAUCCUCCCCUCGCCCGGACAUCGGGGAGGUGUACGCGGACGGGGUGCUGCUGGUCUGGAAGCCCGUGGAGUCCUAUGGCCCAGUGACUUACAUCGUGCAGUGCAGCCUGGAAGGUGGCAGCUGGACCACGCUGGCCUCUGACAUCUAUGACUGCUGCUACCUCACCAGCAAGCUUUCUCGGGGUGGUGUGUAUGCCUUCCGGACAGCAUGCGUCAGCAAGGCAGGAAUGGGCCCCUACAGCAGCCCCUCGGAGAAGGUCCUCCUGGGAGGGCCCAGCCACCUGGCCUCUGAGGAUGAGAGUAGCCAGGGGCGGCCGGCCCAGCCCCUCCCCAGCACACAGACCUUCACCUUCCAGACGCAGAUCCGGAGGGGCCGCUUCAGCAUGGUACGACAGUGCCGGGAGAAGGCCAGCGGGCGGGCGCUGGCUGCUAAGAUCAUCCCCUACCGACCUGAGGACAAGAUGGCCGUGCUGCGUGAAUACGAGGCCCUCAAGAGCCUGCGCCACCCACACCUGGCCCAGCUGCAUGCUGCCUACCUCAGCCCCCGACACCUGGUGCUCAUCUUGGAGCUGUGCUCUGGGCCUGAGCUGCUCCUCUGCCUGGCUGAGAGGGCCUCCUACUCAGAAUCUGAGGUGAAGGACUACCUAUGGCAGAUGCUCAGUGCCACCCAGUACCUACAUGCCCACUGCAUCCUGCACCUGGACCUGAGGUCCGAGAACAUGAUCGUCACUGAGUACAACCUGCUCAAGGUUGUGGACCUGGGCAAUGCACAGAGCCUCAGCCAGGAGAAGGUGCUGCCCUCGGAGAAGUUCAAGGACUACCUUGAGACCAUGGCCCCAGAACUCCUGGAGGGCCAGGGAGCCGUUCCGCAGACAGACAUCUGGGCCAUCGGUGUGACAGCCUUCAUCAUGCUGAGCGCCGAGUAUCCGGUGAGCUGGGAGGGGACCCGCGACCUGCAGAAAAGCCUCCGCAAGGGUCUCAUCCAGCUGAGCCGCUGCUACGCAGGACUGUCCGGGGGCGCUGUGGCCUUCCUGCGCAGCACGCUGUGCGCCCAGCCCUGGGGCCGGCCCUGUGCGGCCAGCUGUCUGCAGUGCCCUUGGCUGACGGAGGAAGGCCCAGCCGGCUCCCGGUCCGCGCCCGUGACCUUCCCCACCGCGCGGCUGUGCGCCUUCGUGCGCGAGCGCGAGAAGAGGCGGGCGCUGCUGUGCAAGAGGCACAACCCGACCCAGCUGCGCUGAGCGCCCGCCCUGCAGAGGGGUGUGGUGGGUCACGCCCCGUGCAGCGCCCUCAGCCUCUCCACCAGCACUCUGCUGCAAACGCACAGACAGCCCAAUAAAAAAGCAAAACCGG